AAACCUUGAUGUAGAUUCAGUUACGGUGACAUGUAUCCUUCUUCUGGCAUUGGUUCUUCCAUCUGGGAAAUGGCUUUAACUAUGCUGACGAAAACAAGUGAACAAAUAAACCCUCUGCACAUCUACUAGAAGAGGUUGUUUUUAUAUAACUAUAGCAAAUCCAUUCAAAUUUAAGGAACCUGUUUCUAUGGAAGAAUCUACAGAUGAAUCUGAGGAAGAUGAAAGUGAAGAAGAACCCAAGCUGAAAUAUGAAAGGCUUACUAAUGGAGUGUCUGAAAUUCUUCAGAAGGAUGUAGCCAGUUGCAUGACUGUGCAUGAAAAGUUUUUAGCCCUGGGAACACAUUAUGGCAAGGUUUAUUUACUUGACGUCCAGGGAAACAUCACCCAAAAGUUUGACGUUAGCCAAGUGAAGAUAAAUCAGAUCAGCCUUGAUGAAAGCGGAGAACAUAUGGGCAUAUGCUCAGAAGAUGGCAAGGUACAGGUGUGUGGAUUGUAUUCGGGAGAAGAAUUUCUUGAAACGUUUGACUGUCCUAUUAAAAUUGUUGCUGUUCACCCUCAGUUUGUGAAAUCCCCCUGCAAACAGUUUGUAACAGGUGGUAAAAAGUUGUUGUUAUAUGACAAGAAUUGGAUGAACAGAUGGAAGCCCUCUGUUUUACAUGAAGGAGAAGGAAAUAUAAGAAAUGUAAAAUGGAGAGGACAUUUAAUUGCUUGGGCUAAUAACAUGGGUGUGAAGAUACUUGACAUGAUCUCCAAGCAAAGAAUUACCAAUGUGCCUAGAGAUAAUAUAAGCCUUCGUCCAGAUAUGUAUCCCUGCAGCCUUUGCUGGAAGGACAAUUUAACGCUGAUUAUUGGCUGGGGAAAUUCAGUAAAGAUAUGCUCAGUAAAGGAACGCCAUGCCAGCGAAAUGCGAGAUCUGCCUAGCCGUUAUGUUGAAAUAGUUUUCCAAUUUGAGACUGAAUUCUACAUCAGUGGACUGGCACCUCUCUGCGACCAGCUUGUCAUACUGUCGUAUGUAAAGGAGAUUUCUGAGAAAACGGAAACAGAGUGUUGUGCAAGACCUCGACUGGAUAUUAUUCAGCCCCUUCCUGAAUCUUUUGAAGAAAUCUCUUCUGAUGCUUUAACAGUAAGAGGAUUCCAAGAAAACGAAUGUAGGGAUUAUCAUUUAGAGUACUCGGAGGGCGAAUCGCUCUUUUAUAUUAUCAGUCCAAGAGAUGUUGUUGUGGCAAAGGAACGGGACCAAGAUGACCACAUUGAUUGGCUCCUGGAAAAGAAGAAAUACGAAGAAGCAUUGAUGGCAGCUGAGAUCAGUCAAAAGACCAUAAAAAAGCAUAAGAUUUUGGAUAUAGGCUUAGCCUAUAUUAAUCAUCUAAUGGAGAAAAGGGACUAUGACUUGGCUGCUAGAAAAUGCCAGAAAAUACUUGGCAAGAACACAGACCUCUGGGAAUUUGAAGUUUACAAAUUUAAAGAAAUAGGGCAACUUAAGGCAAUUAGCCCUUAUUUACCAAGACGGGAUCCAAUUUUGAAGCCUCUCAUCUACGAAAUGGUCCUUCAUGAGUUUUUGGAGAGCGAUUAUGAGGGCUUUGCAACGCUGAUAAAAGAGUGGCCUGGAGACCUGUAUAACAAUGCUAUCAUAGUGCAAGCCGUGGUGGAUCACCUGAAGAAAGAUCCACAGAAUAGGACCUUGCUCAGAACUCUUGCAGAGUUGUAUACCUACGACCAGCGCUAUGGGAAAGCCCUUGAAAUUUACCUAACCUUGAGACACAAAGAUGUUUUCCAGUUGAUCCACAAGCACAAUCUGUUCAGUUCUAUCAGAGACAAAAUUGUUCUCCUUAUGGAUUUUGAUUCAGAGAAAGCAGUAGACAUGCUUUUGGAUAACGAAGCUAAAAUUUCAAUUGAUAAAGUUGUAGAAGAACUGGAAAACAGACCUGAGCUACAACAUGUGUAUUUGCACAAGCUUUUCAAAAGAGACCAUCAUAAAGGACAGAGAUACCAUGAGAAACAGAUCAGCCUCUAUGCUGAAUAUGAUCGUCCAAAUCUGCUCCCAUUUCUCAGAGACAGCACACACUGUCCAUUAGAAAAGGCUCUUGAGAUCUGCCAGCAGAGGAACUUUGUAGAAGAGACAGUCUAUCUUUUAAGCAGAAUGGGUAAUAGCCGCAGUGCCCUGAAGAUGAUAAUGGAGGAAUUGCACGAUGUAGAUAAGGCUAUUGAAUUUGCCAAGGAGCAAGAUGAUGGAGAACUGUGGGAAGAUCUCAUUUUAUAUUCCAUCGACAAACCACCAUUUAUUACUGGCCUGUUAAACAACAUUGGAACUCAUGUUGACCCCAUUCUUUUAAUUCACCGUAUUAAAGAAGGAAUGGAGAUUCCUAAUUUGAGAGACUCGCUGGUGAAAAUUCUUCAGGAUUACAACUUACAGAUUUUGCUGCGUGAGGGGUGCAAGAAGAUACUUGUGGCUGAUUCUCUUUCUCUGUUGAAGAAAAUGCAUCGUACUCAAAUGAAAGGAGUCCUUGUGGAUGAGGAGAACAUCUGUGAAUCAUGCCUCUCACCUAUACUUCCUUCAGAUGCAUCCAAAUCUAUCAGCGUGAUGGUUUUCCACUGCAGACAUAUGUUUCACAAAGAUUGCCUCCCUGUACCUAACACAGCUUUCCCAGUUCAGUUCUGCAAUAUCUGCAGUGCUAAGCACAGAGGACCAGGCAGCGCAAUCUUGGAGAUGAAAAAAUAGCAUUGUCCAUCCUCUCAAGCAUGUCUGUGAUGAUGUGGAAUGCCACUGAUGUUGAUGUUGUUCAAAGACUUGUAUAUAUUCCCAAGUAGGGUUUAAAACAAAUUUCUGUAAAUUACCCACACACUGAACAUCUUUCUGUCUGUAGCCAGAAAGAAAAUGGCAAAAGGAAUACAUCUUUGUUACAAUAAUAUGAGGCCAAAUUGAGACCGCUAUUAGACGCUUGCAUGUAAAUAUGAAUCCAGCUUAUUAAACUACCCAGUUCUUGAUUCAGUAAGCUGCUUUAAGCAUAUGAGUUGCUUCUAAACCUGUGAGUAGUCUUUUUUUUUCACUGGGAAUCUUUAAGUAUCUUGGUGACUUCAGCCCUAAAUUAGUAAAUGUAACAAUAAAUGCCAGUUGUGAAACUGACUAUAUGGUUUUAUCUAUCUUGUUAGAAACUGGUUAUUUUAUCAGUUACACACAUAAAGGUCAUGUGUGUAUCAGCUUCUUUAGGGUUAGUUCAGUCAGUUAAGCAAAUCCUCAGACUUUUUUUUUAAAGUUUUCAGUGUGCUAUUCUGUUACUCUGAAGCAUAGUUACUUUGUUUGUCAUUAGUUGUUCCAACAGAGAGAAAACAUCUGGGCUUUAAACAUUUUAUUUCCAAGAUUACCUUGUGAGAUAAUGAUCCAAAAGAAAGAAAGUAUGAAGAAUGUAAUCUUAGGUCAGCAAAAAUUCAGUAAUUUUUCUUUCUUCCAAUGUUCUUAUUUUCAUUUACCCAAUGGAAAUGAAUCUUCAAAAUACUUCAUGGAAAAAUAAGUCUUAUUUUUCUCUGAUAAAACUAUGAAUAAAAGUUCCCUUUCUAGUAUUUGACGCUUUAAGGUAAAAAAUGCAGUGUCCUGAGUCAAAUUGUGAACUAUGACUAAGUUCUAUGCCUUAUUGUUGAAACUGUAGCCUCCAUUUAGUUCAACUCCUCUAUAUUAUAUGUACAAUACAGGCUGUAUGUGAAAUGUCUGUGAGCUCUUCUGCUCACUCUUGCAGUAUACUCCUUUCUCUUUAUAAAUGAGAGAAGGCUGGCCUCCCAGGUAACAUAAAUUGGCUUUUCUCCAUUGAUAUCAAUAGAAUGAUACCAGUUUACAUCAGCUGGCAACCUGGCCUAAAGUACCGAGCAAAGCCAGUGCUCGUUUCUUUGUCAUCCUUCUGUUUAUGAAUUAAUCCUCAGUUUGCCUUUGUUCAUGCUGGUGGUGGUAGUAAAGCUGCAUAUCACAGCUAUAGAUAUGUAUAGUUAAUAUUGGCAAUAAAAUUGUUGCAUUAGAAAUA